AGAAAUGGAGAUUACACUGAACAGCGGGUACAAAAUGCCGAUGAUUGGACUUGGUGUUUGGCGAAUGGAAGGCAAAGAUAUCAAAAAUCUGCUCAUCAACGCCAUCAAAAUUGGAUACCGUCACUUCGAUUGUGCUGCUGACUAUCGAAAUGAAGCUGAAGUUGGGGAAGCACUUGCAGAAGCGUUUCAAACGGGGCUCGUCAAGAGGGAGGAUCUUUUCAUUACAACCAAGCUUUGGAACUCAGACCAUGGUCAUGUUCUUGAGGCCUGUAAAGACAGUCUUAAGAAGUUACGCCUUGAUUAUCUGGAUCUCUACCUUGUUCAUUUCCCUGUAGCCACAAGACAUACAGGAGUUGGUACAACAGAUAGUGCAUUGGGUGAGGAUGGUGUUCUUGAUAUAGACACCACCAUAUCAUUGGAGACUACUUGGCACGGAAUGGAAAAUCUAGUAUCCCUGGGGUUGGUUCGCAGCAUAGGAAUCAGCAACUAUGAUGUCUUUCUCACCCGAGAUUGCCUAGCAUAUUCCAAAGUGAAGCCUGCAGUGAAUCAAAUUGAAACUCAUCCUUAUUUCCAGCGUGAAUCUCUUGUCAAAUUCUGCCAAAAGCAUGGCAUCUGUGUUACAGCACACACCCCACUUGGUGGUGCUGCCGCUAAUGCUGAAUGGUUUGGUACAGUGUCAUGCCUAGAGGACCCGGCUCUAAAAUGUCUAGCUGAGAAAUAUAAGAAGACUGUUGCCCAGGUUAUUCUGCGCUGGGGCAUCCAACGGAACACAGUUGUGAUUCCAAAAUCAUCGAAACUGGAGAGACUGCAGGAGAAUUUCAACGUUCUCGUCUUUGAGCUCACCAAAGAAGACAUGGACGUCAUCAAAAGUUUGGACCGCAACUACAGGACCAACCAACCUGCAAAGUUUUGGGGCAUAGAUCUGUAUGCGUAAAAGUUUCAUAUGCCUCAUCUUGGCACCAAGGUUGGUAUAGGAACCAGGAAAAGGGACAAGCUACUUAGACCAGCAUCUUAUUUGAGUAUGGCAGAGUGAGUUUAUGUUAUAGGAUAUGAGGGAGUCUGACUAUUCACUGUUCUACCUGUGAUGUAAUUUAUGUUUUUUCAUUUCAAACUAGUGUACUAAGGAUGAUGGAUGAUGGUUGGUUGAGUUUAUGGGAGUGUGCAUGCCCCUUCUCCCUAGGGCAAAACUUCUCCCAUCCAACGGCAAAUAAAUAGAACCAUCCGCUAUUAAAGUGCUGCAAAA